UUCCUAAACAAAUUAUUAUUCAAGUGUCCUUUUUGUCUUUUUUUUCUAUAGAAAAAUAAAUUUUAAAAUUCAAACGAUCAACAAAUGACGGCUGUUAUUACAUGUUCUGGUUGUGGUGGUGAAGCAUCGACACUGAAAUGCCCACAAUGUUUGAAAUUAGGUAUUGAAACAUCGGUAUUUUGUUCACAGGAUUGUUUCCGUACAGCAUGGCCAAAACAUAAACUUUUACACCGAAAAUUUCCGGAUGAAGAAUCCAAAAAUCAAACGAAACCAACAGCUUCAGCAACAGUAACGAAUUGUCCAUAUAAUCCAUGGCCAAUGUUUAGCUUUACCGGGCCAUUGCGGCCAAUGUAUCCAUUGUCACCAAAACGUACGGUACCCGAACAUAUAAUGCGUCCAGAUUAUGCUGAUCAUCCAUUGGGUGAAUCAGCAUGUGAACAAAGUGUCAAGGGCAGUACACAGAUUCGUGUGUUGGAUGAUGAAGAAAUCGAAGGAAUGCGUUUAGCAUGUAAAUUGGCACGUGAAGUUUUGGAUGUUGCCUAUGAAGCAGCAGAUGUCGGUAUUACUACCGAUGAAAUUGAUCGUCUUGUUCACGAAGCUUGUAUUGAACGUGAAUGUUAUCCAUCACCGUUGAACUAUUAUAAUUUUCCUAAAUCAUGUUGUACAUCGGUGAAUGAAGUCAUCUGUCAUGGAAUACCCGAUCAACGGCCAUUAGAAAAUGGUGAUAUAUUAAAUGUCGAUAUAACCGUGUAUCAUCGUGGUUUUCAUGGUGAUUUGAAUGAAACAAUGUUCAUCGGUGAAGUGGCACCACAACAUCGAAAAUUGGUCCAGGUUACGUAUGAAGCAUUGCAGAAAGCAAUUGCCAUUAUAAAACCAGGUGAAAAAUAUCGUGAAAUUGGCAAUGUUAUACAGAAACAUGUAUCUGCACAUGGCUAUUCUGUUGUCAGAAGUUAUUGUGGCCAUGGUAUACAUCGAUUAUUUCAUACAGCACCACAGGUACCACAUUAUGCCAAGAAUAAAGCUUGUGGUAUAAUGAAAUCUGGUCAUUCAUUCACUAUUGAACCAAUGAUAUCGGAAGGUAAUUGGCGUGAUCAAACAUGGCCCGAUGAAUGGACAGCCGUUACAAUGGAUGGUCGUCGAUCGGCACAAUUUGAACAAACAUUUUUAGUCACAGAUAUUGGCUGUGAAAUAAUGACUCGUCGAAGGAAAAAUGAUGGACAACCGUAUUUUAUGGAUAAAAAAUGAACGAAUCUAUCGAUUGUCUGUGGUUGUGUGUGUAUGAAGAAAAUCGAUAUUUUAGUCCCAAAGCAAAAUGAUUGAUUGAUUGAUUAAGUCGUCUCAUCUGAAUAUUUUUUAGUGUUUGAAAAAAAAUUAUUUAGUCUGUCUUGCUUUUUAGCCAUAUGAAAAUCAUCAUCACCCUCGCACUUGAAAGAUUUGUUGAUUGUGAAUUUUUUCUGCCAAAUUUUAGUGCUGAAUUGUUUUUUUUUUUUGAUUCAUGUGAAUAAAUUGAAUAAAGUUUCUCAUUUUACGAUUAACAUUGAUUAAAAUUUUAUUUUCGAUGGC